AUGGGUAAUGCUGCGGCUGCGUGUUGCUGUGCCGCAAAAGACGAAGGCGUCGAGGUCACGGCCUACGCCAUCGGGGCCACCGACGGCCCGAUCAACGAUGAGCGCUUCCUGGGAUCUACGCAGAAGCAGUACGCCAUCGCGAUACGAAAGAAGGAGCAGCUUGACCAGCUGGGCAUGGACGUCAAGCAUCGGCUGGGCCGCUUGGUGGUGGUGGCGAUCCGCAGAGGCGGGGCCGUGGAUCGCGCGAACCUGGUGGCCGCGCAACAUGGGCUGCAGCCGAUUCAGGUCAAUGAUGUCAUCGUGGACAUCAACGGCGCCACCUUGGACACGGGCAUGGUCUCAGAGUGCAAAUCCUCGCUGGUUCUGAACGUCAAGUUCCUGCGGAGGGAGCACUUCAGGUGA